GAGCGCACCCGCGGGAAGAGAUGUUCAGAAAGAAGCUUCUUCUCCAUGCGGCCACCCCCUUCCCUCUGCACAAUACCUUCAUCGACCUGCAACUCACGCUCCACUGCGAGCCCCACCCUCCGCGCUCCCUCUUCCUUGAGAUCGAGACUCUCUGCUGGCGAGUCUCCCGGGAAUUCCGCGUCGCCUGUGUGGCUGAGGACGACAAGAUUCACAUCGUCUAUCAGAGAUCGCAGUCAGAAGCGGUAUCCAAGGCUGUCAUAGAGUUCCGACGAACGUUACGGGUUGUGAGUCAAGUAGAGACAGAGGAGGAGGUCAAGCUGAGCAGCUUUGUGAAUAGAGUCAUUGAGUGCAGCUUAAGAUCCAUGCUCUUGAAUGCCAACUGGAGAUGCUUGGAUGAUGGCUUCAGCUUCUUUUCAAGUUUCUCUUCCAACGAAGAAAAAACUGACAUAUACGCCAUUCAAGUGACGGCAAAAAUUAGUCCAGAUAAUGACGUAACUUUUGUCGUGUCUCCAGAUCUUGUCAACUUUACUAGACAUAAGGUAAUGGACCUCAUAGGGACAGGAUUGCUGCAAAUUGAAAGCAACAAGGAAGUUAGCAUCGACAAAGAGGACUUUGUAACAGCAUGUACAGUUCUACCCACUUUGACGCACGGUCAUGUUAUAGGUCUCUCUAGAUCACCUCCUGGCGAGAUCGUCCUUGACUAUGAAGAGCUCUUGCUUCACAAGUAUGGUCUUGGGUUGGCCGUUGAACACUUUCUGAAAGUGAAGUUUACUCAAGGAGGGUUCACAAAAGACCAGUGGUUGCCAUCCAUUAUGGUUCUUCAAGGCUCAGGGUUGAUGCCAGUUCCACAAACUGUACGUGCUUCAAAGUCCAUCUCAGUCUUGGAGUUCUUCAUCAAGUCCUUAGAAGAGUGGAACUUCUUUGAUGGAGGUUAUCUAAAAAUUAAGGCAGCAUGUCAGCUUGGUGAAUGUUCAGAUAGAUCACUAUGGACAAAAGCAAGUAGCAGCUUUUCCUUAACACAUGUGACAGGGAUAGCUGGAGGUGACUCAUGCAUGGGAGUUGGUUGCGGAGUUUCUGCACUGUUUACUGCCAGUGAUUUCCGCACGCCAAGGCCUCCAGGAGCUUUCUUGUCAGAUGAAACUUUUAACUUUAUUCAGAAAAAGAAAGAAUGUGCAGGUGUUUUAGAUGAUUCUCAUGGUUCCUUUGCAAAAGAAAAACCCAACUUCCGACCAGUUUUUGUGCGUCACAAACAGAUCAUAGAUAGGCUUCAUUUGAGUGCAGAGAAGGUCACUUCAUUACUCUCUGCUGGUAGAAGUGAAAGCCAGAGCUAUCUCCAGAAACUUACAAAGGCUGUCAAUAUUCCCUUGGACAAGCAUGAUUCUUCUAAAUUCACUGCAAAUACUGGGAAGGGAUGGAGUCCAAGGAUCACGAUGCCAAACUCACAGGAAAAAGAGAGUUUCAAACCUACAAGUGAGGAAGAAGUGGCUCCAACUACAACCCUAAUGUGCAAGAACACUUCGACAUGUGACACAGCAGAUGGAGCCACCCAAAACAAAGCACUUGGAGGAAUCCUUUCUUAUAAGAAAAACAAGAUUAGAAGUGGAGAAGAGCAGCCGGUUUAUAAGAAACGAGCCUGCACACAACUUGAAAAUGCUGAUAUGACCAGCAGGGUAGUGGAGCAGUACAUGAGACACCAGUUGGAAUCUCUUACAGUCUCGGAGCUGAAGAGCUUUUUGAGUGCAAAGAAUGCUAAGGUUGGAGGAAGAAAAGAAGAGCUUAUUAUGCGGGAAAAGGAUAAAGAUGAUGAUGUUGAGAAAACCGAUGACAGCAUGUUCGUACUGGAGCUCGUCCUCCCUUUAGAGAAUAAGGCCGUCCAGGCGUGGUGGAUCAGGCGACGAUGGAUUUCUGCAAAGUGGGAACAGCCACCACGUGACAUCUUUUGACCUGGGCGUUACACUCACAGAAAAGCCUGAAGCGGCCAUCGUUUUCAAUCUCCUUUUUUUAGAACACAAGCAUGGUAGAUGCGAAAAGUGGUGGCUCGGUUUCUGGUAGUGGGAGUAAAGUACAAAAUGCAGCCUGUUGCAUGCAAUAAUUGUGGCGCGGAUGAUGACGAUGUGGCCGAUGGGAGACGAAUCAUGUGAAGGCUUGUACCUCUAAGUUGUCGCGUUCAAUCAGCAGGUGCAAUGUGGUCGUAGAUGCAACUCGGAUGCCCGCCAUAGAAAUGGAGCCCUAGCCUUCACAAUGGCUUUGUACGCCUGACUACGUGGAUCGUUUUCGUUUCUCUUUCGCGUUAAAGGAGGGCUUUGAAUUCGAACCCUGAAUCGUAUUGCCCUUUAUUAUAACGUUGGAGGAAUAUAAUAUAAUACUUUCUUGGCGGAAAGCGGGGAGUAUACGAGGGCUCUGCAUUACGCGACAUCUGGUAUAAGAGUCAGUAUAUACUUCCUAGGUGGG